UGGUAAUCCUCAAAGAGAGUACCGGAGAGUACAAGCCGAUGCUCUAAUUUGGGCCAUGGUCAGUAAAUUGCAGUAAAUCAGUGGGCCGUCUUAGACAGGUCUUAGACGAAGGGCGAAUUAUAAUCUGCUGGGAUACAGUUAUCCAAUCGGGAUCUUCAAAGUCAAAAAGUUAUCGAAGAAAACUGAAGCUCCUGAUUGCACAAUGGCAUCCGAGUGAUCACUGCCAAGUCUCUUCCAUUUUUUAAAUCAGAAUAUAGAUGCUCUGUGCUUUGCAUUGCAGUUUGCAACCAUAGAUCGCCACAGACGAACUAUGUGCUCCUUGGGUUAUCUGCGUUUGCGUGGUUAUAAUAACGCUUGAAGUGCGGGCAAGAGGUUAGGGAGUCUCCGAGAUAAUUUUAUUUAUUGUUUUUUCUUUGAGUGACUGUUUCGAGAAUAUUACAUCUGUUUUGGACGGAUUCUUAAUUUUACUCCAACCAUUAAUAAAUUGUACUGCACUAAAAUCAAACACUAAUGUCUACUAGAUGGUAUCCGAUAUAUAAACGUGGAAGUCCACAGUUACGAGUGUUUUUGCCCAAUUUUUGGAUCAAACUAAUUAGACCGGUUCAUAAGCAACCUCCAAAUGUAGUGCAAUUUGUUGUCUCUGUGGAAAUGACCAAGCAUGACGUUAAGAAUUACCUAGAAAAAAUUUAUAAUGUUCCUGUAGUUCAAGUGUUUACCCGGAUUGUGUCAGGAGAAACUCGCCAGGACCCAGGUAAAGGAUAUGUUGUGAAAGAUGAUGACUACAAGUUGGCAUAUGUAACAUUGCCUCAGGGGAAAACAUUUGAGUUUCCAGAACUCUAUCCAAAGGAAGAGGAAAGUGAACAAGAUAAAACCCAAAAAGAACUGAAAAAGCAUUUCAAAAACUUUGUAGACAGGAACAAGGAUAGACCUGGUGCACCUGGAUGGUUUUCAUUCUAAUUGUGUAGUGAUACCUAUUAUAUACCUGUCUCAAGUUGUCAGAAGAUGGUAAUUGGCCAACCCUAAUGGCUAGCGUAAAUCCAUAUUCCAAGCAUAGUCGUGCAGACUGGUCUAGGUUGCAUAAAAAAUAUGAUCCUUUGAAAGCUGGGAGUAUUGAUGGAACAGACACAGAACCUCAUGAUCAUGGCAUUGAGAGAGCACUUGAGGCAGAAUAUUUCCCUGAUAGAAAUGUGAAGGGUAACCCUGAAUGUACAUUAUUUGUUGCAAAAUUGUCAAAAUCAACCACAGAAAAAUCUUUGAAAAAGGCAUUUGUAAGUUUUGGUCGAAUACGGAGAUGCAGAGUUGUACGAGACAUUGUGACUGGUACAUCUAAAGGAUAUGGGUUUGUGGAAUUUGAAGAUCAAUCAUCAGCUUCAAUGGCUUAUGUCAGAAGUAGCAAACUUACUGUGGAUGGUAACCUAGUAUUUGUGGAUUUCGAGUGUGAGCGAUUACUUCCUGGUUGGAUCCCUCGAAGAUUAGGGGGAGGUUUUGGAGGGAAAAAGGAAUCUGGACAACUCCGAUUUGGGGGUCGUGCACGUCCAUUCAAGAAGCCUCUUGUGCCAGGAACAUCUCAACAAACUGAUGAUGGAAGAAGGAAAGAUUGAAGCAGUGCAAAGUAGUUAUUUUUUGUGUAUAAAAAUUCACCAAUAAAGUUCUUUUAGUGGUUUUCAGUUACAUUCAAAUUCUAAUUCUUUCAUUAAUAUUUAUUAUAAACAAUACAUAAGGAAAUUUAAGUUUGUUACAGAUUAAUUUAAAAAACACACAUCACUUUGUUGUCACUUUCCAGAAGCCUAACUGGUAAUCAUUUCCAGCACACACAUAUGGAAGGUGGUGAUGCCAAGAAAUGUUUGUUGUAAGCUGCAACACAAAAAAGAAAUUAAGUAUAAAAAAAAUUGAUAUUAUCAAGUACAUUUAGAUACGCUAAACCCAAAUUAAACUGAAACCAAUUGUUCUUAGGGUUCAUACUUCUGUACUAAAAAAAAAAUAUAUAUAUAUAUA